AUUUAAACAACGCAUGACGUCCGAAACUGUCUCCGAAAAUGUUGAAGAAGUCGAUGAUACCUUGCCUCCAGAGGAUUGUUUCACCGUAGAAGCUCUAAAGAUCAUUAAAGAGGCUCAACAGCAGCAUGGGCUUAGACAUGGUGACUUUCAACGGUACAGGGGGUAUUGUGCCCGUAGGAUUAGGCGACUUAGAAAGUCACUUAACUUCCCUCAGGGUAAUAAACACAGAAAUGUCCCAAAGAAGAUCACCCUCGAGCACCUCACUGAUGCACGAUUCCUUUACUUGCCCCUAGUGGAGGCUGAGAGGGCUUGGAGUCAAGCAAUGCAGCUUAAAUCAGAGGCCAACACAGAACCACGUAAAAAAUUCCAUAUGUCAAGUCGAUUGAAGAAGGCUGUGCAGCAUUCCCAGGAAUUCGUCAAGUUGACGUCAAGUGAUAAAUGUGACGCAAGGACAAAGCUUGAAGCCCAGGCGUAUGAUAGCUGGAUUAAUGGUACUCUGAAGUUUGAGUUGGGAAAGUGGAAACAAGCCAUAGAAGAUUUCACAAAUGCAAAGACAAUCUAUGAGAAGCUUGCAAGUGCUCUCUCUGAAGAUGUCCGUAUAUUGUACACUCAGAGAGUUGAGGAAAUAUCACCCAAUAUACGAUACUGCGCCUAUAACAUCGGAGACGAGACGGCCAUGAAUGACCUUGUACAGAUGAGAUUGAAGUCUGGGGGUAUGGGAGAAGCCAUGGCUUCAAAGCUGGAUGAAUUGAUCGCACAGACUAGAGAGAAACAGGCAGCGUCUUUCUCGGAGCUUCAGUGGCGAGGUCGGACUGUACCUGUGGGUAAUGAACAAGUCCGAGCAUUCUUGUUAAACCUCCAAGAGAGUGAGAAAGAACUACAAGAAACUGAGGAUACUGAGAGUAAAGUGUCGAUAUAUGAAAGCUUAUUGAAGGAGUGCAUUGAGGCAUUGCAGGUCAUGAGAGAUGAAUUGAAGGGUGACCCGCAUUUCAAGGCAGCUCAGCGUGGACAGACACUUGAGGGUAAAGUGUCUAAUGGCCAAUAUCUUCAUACACAUAUCACCUACAGCAAGCUGACAAAAACCAUAGAGCGUAACUUGAUUAUGAUAGAAACCAUGAAAGAAAAGCUAAAGCGUGGAGAGGACGGAGAAGAUGGACGCAAGGCACGUCCCCAGGAUCUUGCUCGUCUCUAUGACAUCAUUAUCCAGAGUGCUAGUGAAAUCCCACAGCUCCCAGGUCUGGAAGAGGAUGAUGCUUUGAGCCAGGAGAUCUCUGGACAGAUCCAGGGAUAUAGGGCUUUCAGAUGUUUCUUCAUAGCUCAGACAUACGCAACUGCUAAGAAAUGGAAAGAGACAAUAGCGCUAUAUGAAAAAGUGCUACUUUAUGCUGACAAAGCUAUAGCAGAAUUAAAAUCUCUACCAGCUAGUACAGAAAACAAAGUUAUGAAAACUAAGCUAGAAGAAUUGAAAAAGGAAGUGGAUGGUUUGAAAUAUUCCUCUCAUGCCUCUAGUAUUCUUGAAGUGGAAGAUGUUACCACCAAAGUAGGAGCUGUUUCACUGAAUAAUAAGCCAUUAAUCGAUCGUCUGGAAGAAUACGUAGAUGACGCUAAAGUGAAUAGUAAAAAGGCUAACCUGGCCAACUUCCCACCAGAUUUCCAACCAGUUCAGUGUAAGCCCUUGUUCUUUGAUCUGGCGCUUAACCACGUGGAUCUACCAAGUCUGGAGUCUAAAGUGGAGACCAACCAGAAGGGAAAGCCAAGUGGUAUUACUGGACUUGUUAAAGGAUGGUUAUGGGGAGGCAAAAAAUAACCUCAAUUACCUCAUAGGUUCUUUUUCAUUUAAUCUUAGGCCACCAUAUAGGAUGAUUAUCUGUUAAAUGACGUUUUUGUCAAAAUCUCAAUCUGAACAAUUUUUACUGUUAUAUGGAAUCUUUUGUCAAAAUCUGAUGAAGAUCCUACAAAAGUUUAGGAAAAUGGGUUUGACUGUACUCAUCGUGGAAGGAACGGUGAUGACCAGCUAGACAACUCUAAAUAAAUAAGCAUUUAAUUCAUAAUGGCCUAAAAUCUGUAUGUGUUAAGUGGGGGGGGGGGUAAAUGAAUCCCACAUGUAUAAAUAUCUGGAUACAGUCUGGAUUUUUUUUUCUUGUAUUGUGGAAGGAGUAAUUUCAUUUUAAAGAGCGUAUGAGUGUCAGAUCAACGUAAGUGAAAAUGCAAACAUUUAGAUUAAAAUCAAACUGUCACCCACUGUCAUUUCAGUUAAGUUGACAUUCAGCUGUCUGUAAGAAAAGAAAUGGUAAAAAAUUCAAAAAA